GCCAGAAGUUGAGCCAUGUAGUGUUUUUGAGACAAGUGGUGACGAGUUAGUGAGGGACCCCGAGAGGGAAGUAGGUCAUGGACACUGACCCCAGGUAUGUGUGUCUCUGCAGGGGGCCUGGGGCUUAGCAGGAUUAAUGGCUCAGGUAGCACAAAGUGUUGCUCUGGUUCAGCAAGGAUGCUCUCAACCUGCGUCUGUUUCCAACACAGUAGAUUCAUCAAAGUGGCCAAAUAGUUUGGCAAAAAGCUCUUUUAUUACUCUCGAUUUGGUGGGUGAGUUGGAUCCAUGCAGGAUUUAUAGCAACUGAUGCACCCACAAGAGAAACACUAGGAUUUGGAUGUGAUGCAGCAACUAGGGAAAACACAGAUGGCAGCAAAAUGCUUGGCAAAACAACAGGCCUACGACAAUUUAAAGCAGAAAAUAACCCACACAUGCAGAAAUGUUGCAGAAAAAGUGGCAACAGUGGUCAAGUGUUGGAACGAGAGUUACACAGAUAAGAGGGAGGAGCCACCAGGUGAGCAAGGGGAGGAGGAUGUUCAUGACUUCCAGGCAGAUUAAGGGGACAAGCAGUGAACAGUAACAGUUGGGGAACAUGGCUCCACAGCUCUACCUCACUGUGUACAAAGAGCAGUUCACACCUCCCAGCGGAGCGACCAGAGCCCAGCUGCGUCCCACCUCUGCCCACCGCAGGAACAACCCCCAGCCUCGGCCGGAUUUUCUGUUUCCCCGCAGCCUUCAUCCCAGCUACAAGUCCACCACCCUCACACAAACACCCCCCUCUCCUCCUGUGGACAGUGGCCGUCCUCUCUUCCCUCCCGUCAGACAUUUGUCAUUUCACAGUCCAGUUACAACUCGCCCUGACAACAAUCUAAAAACUGCAGAGGCAGGCAAACCAAGACACAUGCCCCCUGUCAACCAGGCCGCAGAACAAGCUCUGCCCUCUGCUGACAGACUCUGGAAACUGCAGCUGGCCGAGCAUCCUGCUGGCACUGGCAAUUCUCUCCACACAGCUUUGAAGAAUCCACAAAGGCAACAUGCAGGAGCUCCACUUUGGACAAGACCCCAAACCAGCUACCCCUCUGCAGCUCAACGCCACUUUGCACGUCCUCAGUCUCACAGGUCUCACUCUAACAGCUCUCUGGAUUAUAGCAACAGCGGCUGCUACAGCUGCUUCCACGUGGUGAAGCCCUACCAAGCCGGACACUACAUCAUACACCCAGAGUUUGUGUCUGAGUGCCUUUCUUAGGACUAUCAGACAACAGAAGAGGGAGUGGGGGCCCUGGGGUGGCCCUGGAGGGGGCGUCCAGACGUUUCCCACAGCAGAAAGAGGGAUCAUUAACUUCACUAUUGUUUAAUUCUCUGCUAAUUAACCCAGUGAGACAAGGUGUAAGAAUGAAUAAUGUAACCAUAGGCUGCACUCUCACUGCUAUUAUCUCCCUGUGUGCAAUGUGAAAGUACUAAAUCAGCCCAUGGCAUAAAGAGGCUUGUGGUGGUCGCACUGAGG